CCCCACUAUAUUACAAACAAAAAAGAAAAUUUUGCUACUAAAAGUAAUAUUCACUGCAAAAAUGUACUUCGAAUAUAAAUUUUUACAGUUUUUUGAUACAACUAUAAUUAAACUAGGUUUAAUUUGACCGGAUGUAAGUAGUGGUAGGACAUGUUUCGAGAGGCCCCGUUGUUUUGUAUCAAGAAAAUGCAAUGGCCGCCAUCUUCGACUCUUGUGAAUGUUUUGGUCGUAGUUACGAACUUUGAGGCCUAUUUCAUUUCUGCUAUGCAAUUAAUUGAUGGAAAUUGUUUCGCUACGUCGUGAGUGUUAAUAAGUCUUUUACGCACAGGGCACAAUAUGAACUGACUUUCUGCUUUUUUCUGGAACAAUGACCUCGAGGGUCGUGUCUAUCGUUUUAGUGGAAUAAAAUUAAUAAAACCAAGAAAAAUUAUGAUCUGCCUUCUUCGUAUACGUGACGAUUUUGAAGAUAAGUGGAUAAAAAGUCAAUUUUCGAUUGCAGUCACAUGAAAUAAAUUUGGAGGCCGAGGUGCACUCCAAGGCGUCAUCUAGGGCUUGACCCAAGAUGAUAGUAUUUACAGCAUGUCAGCUACAUCAGAAUAUGAACCAGCGGCCCGGCAAGAUUACGGGCCGACCACCUCCAGUGAAAAUGUAUAUGAACAUGUAUUGGAAAACAAACUAACAGAUACUAUGAAUAUUCCAAAUGUUCGACCUCCUGUUCUAAGGGCAUUGCCUAUUUCUCCUACUGGCAGUGACCCUGAACCUGAUUCAACUAAUCCUGAAAGUAUUAUACAAUCUGUACACAAUAAACUAGAUAAGGAAGUAGAAUAUCAUAUUGCCGAAAAAGCUUGUGAAACUGAGAUGUCUGUGGACUCCCUAUCUGGAAUAGUAAGGAUUGAGGAAGCAACUAUUGACAAUGUGGGGCAUAUUGCAUACCCGAUUAUACAGGAAGCAGAUGAUUCAAAUGAUGGCAAUUAUGUAGAGAACUCGGCAACUCUUAUUCAAACUCCUCUGAACACCGCUAUUGUGCACAAUGUCUCCAAGUUACCUCAAAACUUUACCAUCAAUGUUAACUCAACUGUCGGAAACUUGACUGCUAUCCAUAAUGUAUCUCAAGAUGUUCCUGGUAGUCAGACUCUCUGGCUGCCUACUAUUCUUACUACCAGUGCUGCUACUACAGAUAAUAAGAGUGAUGAUGAUAGGCCACAAGCUGGUGUCUCACAAAUCAUAAUCAGUGACAGUUAUGUCAAAGAUGCCAGCCAAACAGGAAGAAGAGCCAAUAUUGUUACAGAAACCAGUUAUAUUACUAGACCUAAGACUUCUAAAGUUCAAAUUUUGAGCAAUAUAUCUUUACCGAAGAAUGCAAAUUAUCCUCAGCAGUAUAUUGCACAAGGAAAAGAAAUUGCAACACCUGUUUAUGGCACGCAGAACCACAUUUACAAACUAGGCCCAAGUGUGGUGUCGCAGAAACAUUUGAAUAAUUCUGUGCUUUGCACAAAACCCCCAAAGAGCCAGUCAUUGAUUGGAUGCUCAACUCUUAGCCCUAAUGUAAUUAAUAGCAGUUCAGUUAAAAAUAUUUCUUACAGUCACACAUUUACAAAGGGCACAAACCUAAAUAAAACUCUUAAUAAAGUAAAUAAUGGUGCUAAUGUGAGUGCUUUGGUGGCUGCUUCUUCAGGUAACACACAAUGCCAUAUAUUAUCUCGUGUUGUUUCUGGCCCAAACAAAAUGUCUGUUCAUUCAGGAAAGAAAUCCCUGAAUACAUUUAAAGGUCCUAAGAGUACUAGCCAAGUAUCUGGUCAGAAAAAUCAGUCGAGAGCAAUUAAAAUUAUACAGCAAACUGGUACUGUUAACAAAUCGGAGACCAAGACCUGGCCAGUUGCCAGUGUCACAUAUAAGAGUCAACAAUCAUCUUUUGGAGUUGUUGAUUCAAAUGCUUCUAAAAUUAUACAGAAAGUUGGAAGUCCAACUCACAAAAGUCAACAGCAAAUGUCUAUCCAAAAGUUUCCAGCAAAAGGAGAGCGUUUGGUACUUCAGUCACCUUGUGGUCCAGUUUUGAUUUCUACAGCUCCUAUAAGUACUAGCUUGGCUAAGGGCCCACAUUAUGUACAGUCUGGAUCUACCCCCAAUUUACGCUAUGUGCAAACCUAUGGUACAGCUGAUAAUCAACUAUCAACAGUGUCUCAAGUUUCUGCCAAUCAGCAAUUGACUGCUCAAAUAUUGCAGUCUCUUUCACAACCUAAACUUAUGAUACAGACCAGCCCUACCCCAUUUAUCAAUCACUCCCCACCACCUGCAUCACUUACAAAUGCUGCUACGAUUGAUGAAUCUCUUGGAAUUAAAUCAAAUAAUCAGAUAAGAAUAGUUUUUGGUGACAAAUCAACACUACUUACUGCUGACGACCUGAUUGGUAUGGAAGAGAGACCCAACUUAUCAGAAGAGCUACGACGGUAUUCAUUCCAGUCAUUAGCUUUUAUAAUGUUGGAUCACACUUAUGCUUUACCUGCCCAGAAAGAACCUACUGUAUCCACUCCUACUACAACUACAGUUGCAUCGGCGCCUCCAAUUAACGUAACACCACCUCCCAAUGUUGCUCCCCUCAGCCCAUUAAAAAGGACAUCUCCUGUUAUCAUGUCCACAGCAUCAUAUGAUCUACCUAUAUCAGUCCCGACAAGCAUAUCAGGAACUCCUGUACCUGUGUCAACAAUACAAAUGGGAGCAAUUAAUUACAAACCACAGCCUGUACCAAUUCAAGAUGAAGAUACUGCUUCUGUGACUUCAUCUAUUGAGGGUGACAGGCCACCGCCACAAGGCGGCAGUGACACUGAGACAGCUCCAGAGGGUGAAGAUGAAGGCAAAACUAGAUGCAUUUGCGAUUUCACACAUGACGACGGUUACAUGAUAUGCUGCGAUCGAUGCGGUGAAUGGCAGCAUGUAGAUUGCAUGGGUAUCGAUAGACAGAACAUUCCUGAUGCCUACAUGUGUGAAUUGUGUCAACCCAGACCGAUAGAUCGCCGUCACGCUCGUGCUAUCCAACUUAGAAAACGGGAAGAAUUGAGUGCAUUAGGAGCUGCUUCUGAUACAGACUCUUCUGGGAGUAGCCGUUUACCUGGCCAAAGAAGGAAACGUCUUCUCACAGUAACAACUUACACUAACACUAGUGGAUCAUGUGUCACUACAUAUAAUUCAAGCAUCCCAGUGCUGCCGCCUCUACCACAGCCGCCUUUGCCGUUACCAAAACGUGGUCCGAAAAGACCGAAAAAAGGUGAUAUUAUAAGAAAAGGAGCUAAAAGAAAAUUGGUAGAAAAACGUGUCAAACGUAAGAAAGAAAUGAUGUUAAAUAGAAAUAAAUAUAAUUCCAGCAUGUCAAAUCAAUCACAUUGGCAAGAAUCUUACGAACUAGCCAUGACUAAUCAUUAUAGUCCUGAGCUCAGAGCUAAAAUAAUGAAGUAUUGUAAUAGAAUUGGAAACACACCAAAUGUGGCAUCAGCUAUCACGGCACAUUUUUGCACCACAGUUCCCCAUGCUGGUGGGAAAAUACUUAUUGCCACAAAAGAUUUAAAAGAAAAUACACCAAUAAUAGAAUUGCGAGGAAAAUAUAUGCUGUCUAAUCAGCACAGACCACAGUUGCAGAAUUCUGCUCGUGCCGGUAGUCAAAAGCCUGGACCCUUUGUAUUCUUCUAUAGGUUACCUAAAGAUAAUACACAGAUAUGUAUUGAUACAAGAACUUACGGCAAUGAAGCUAGAUUUGUGAGGAGAUCUUGCAAGCCAAACGCAGAACUACAACAUUGUAUUGUCAAAGGUGCUCUACAUGUUUAUUUAGUGACUAUUGGAAUAAUUCAGUCUGACACCGAAAUUACUGUUGGCCACGAUUCUGAUGGUAGCAAACAGCCAUGUGCUUGUGGGAAUCCUAAACAUUGUAAAAUUAAUGGUCUUAACCCACCUCUUACAAGAAAGAGCGUAGAUUAUCCACCACGCGAGAAGAGAAGCAGAAAUAGGUGCCUUAGUGCUUCAUCUCCGCUUUCACCGCCUCCAGAGCCAGUCUCAACCCCAGUAAAAGAAUUCUUGCCGUUGCCAAUAAAAAUUGAAAAGAAAUCUCCAAUAAAACAGGAAAUUUCACCAAUGUCUCCCAUCAAAACAGCUGUUACUGCACUCGUUUUUGAUGAACCAAUCAAGGAGGAACCUCCUGCAGAAGAAAUUAAACCUGAAAUAGAUUUAAUAGCGAAAGAAGAGCUUAAACUUGAAAUAGAUGAACCAGACUUUGUAAAAACAGAACCUUUGCAAGAAAAGCAUGAACAUAUUGAAGAAAUUGUUAAACCACCAUUAUCACCAAAGCAAAUAACACCUAAAGCAGAAAUAAUACCCGAACCUAUUGUAGAAGAUCCGAUUCCGGAGAUAGAAGAAGUUAAAGAACCAGAGAUAAAGUUAGAGACUGAAAACAUAUUCUCAGAUGAAGAAAAACCAGAAAAAGUUGUUGAAGAAAAGAAACUAAAGGAAAUUGAAAAGGAAAUCCAAGAAGAAGAUGACAGGCCAGUGACACGUGAAAUGGCUGCAAAGUCGGCAUGCCACGAUAGAUCAUCUAGAUCUAGUAGAACCUGUGUCAACCAGGACUCUUUAGAUGAUAAAACUGAUGAUUCCCAAGACAAAAUUACAACAGUUAGCAAAGAAAAGGAUAAAAAGAAAAUGACUCGCGAAGAACGCAAGAUGGAAGCAAUAAUGAAAGCAUUUGAAAGGCUGGAAAAGGCCCAGCAACGGAAACAAGAGGUUAAAGAACGACAGAAACGCAGAGAGUCCGAUCCACAUCCUAGUGGCAAUGACAGAGAUGAAGAUGAAGAAACUCACAAUAUCACAAAGAAAAGGAGACGGCGUAAAGGGCGGGCGCGUACCACAUCGCAGUGUAACAGGCGGCGGUUGAACUCCGCGGACAGUGACAUGGUGACGUCAGGGGACGAGGCUACCCCCAGGAGUCCCCCUCGGGCGCCGCCGCGCCGAGACAGCGCCCCGCAAGCGCCGCCUUCGCCGUCCCCGUCGAGGGAACGAGCCUCCGAACCACACAAUGAGGACCUUAGUUUAAGUUCUGCGUGCCUACUCGUCGAAGCCGCCGUGGGAUCCGUCGAGUCUGCUUUCAAACUACCCAAAACCAAGAAGACAAUGGCUACAGAAUGGAUAGGUCGGUCGCCAGAACGGACCCCAUCACCCUACCGUUCGCCUUACAGACCUUCAUUGGUCUCUGCGCCAUCAUUGGAAAGUCUCGUCCAAGUCGCAUCUACUAUGAUUGGAGAUCUUAGCGCCGGACAGGGGAUAGAACACGAGGAGGAUAAUGCUCAGAUGUCGCCGCCCAGAACACCUGGCAGAGACAGAAAUAGACCACCCAAGAAGUCUAAAAGAAUAACUAGAAGCACACCUCCAGCUGAAGUGGUUGAGGUGACUCCAACUGUUAUACCUCAGCACAGCGCCAAGAAGAGAUGGCUGAGGCAAGCCAUAAGCGAGGAAAGCGACUCUCCUUCAGCAGAUGUGUUUAUUCCAGAAUCACCACCCAAUGAAAUGGUAACGCCACUAAAAAAGAGGCGAUUAGCGCGGGAAUCAUUGUCUUGUGAACCGAAUAAUAUUGUUGUGCCUUGUAAUGAAGAAAAUUCUCCAAUGUUGACAUCGGAAGAUUCUCCAGUUAAAGAAGAUCCCAAUACUACCAGUAGGCAAUAUAAAGUGAGAAAUAUAAUGGAAGAUAUUUACGGAAGGGAUAGGACUCGAUCGGAUAGCGGUCAAGGAUCUGAUGAUCAGUGCAAUAUAGACAAUGAUGUGUUAAAUGUAAAUAUAAAAGGUCCACACGAUAGUGAACACAUCAGAAGAAUAAUAGGAGUGCCUACGCCAGAGGAGGAAGUCCCGCCAGAGAUCGCGAAACCGGAAGAUUUUAAAAUUAAUAACAAUAACAUAGAUAUAGAAGACACAAACUACAACAAAGCCGUCCCGAUGGAAAUCGACACAACCAUACCGCAGCCAAAAAUUCAGGAAUCAAACGAGAAUAGCAAUAGUGAAUUAAAAGGCAUCGAAAGUCCAAACGACAAACCGAAUAGUUGUCAAUCUGCAGACACCAGCGGUAACUCAUCGCCACAACGCGACGAGAUGGAUGACAUACAGAAGAAAAUCCACUCAUUUCACACAGAAAAUAUACUCAUAUUAAAAAGUAGAAAUAAGAAGCCAAAGGAGAAGCGAAAGAAGGUGAAUUUGAAUUUUGAUCUCAACAUGGUGGACGACCAAAUCAGCAUCCAGUUGCGGACCGAGCAGGAUUCCAACUCCAAGUCGCCGGAGAUAAAUGGGGACAUUCACGACGACAUGAGCAAUUCCGUGCACGACGACAAGUUGCACGUGUCGCCGGAGAAUAUACCGUUGCCGCCGGUGGAGUCGAUACCGCUGCCUGCGCCCGAAAACAUACCGUUGCCAGAAGAACCGAGUCCGAUGCCUCUCGUGCCACCGCCAGAGACGAUACCCUUGCCUGAGGAGCUGAGUAAACCCGUCAAAACCAUCAGGCCCGCAUCUCCUAUCAUCGAGAAAAACGAGGAGAAACAUUUCAGUUGUAUCGAGCGACCAUCCGUCCUCGAAACUUCUACGCUGCCCUUCUCGUCGCGGUUCAGCUCGACGGGACUAUUCUCCGGCAUCUUCAGCAACAUGUCCCAAUCGUUCAAUCUCGACCCGAAUCCCAUUAAUGAAAACGUACCUAAUAUGUCUAUAAUAAAGAGUGCAAUAGAUAGGACUACAAGUUUAGAUAGUAAUUUAUUUGACAAGGACAAUAUCACGCCAGUGGACGAACUAAAAAGCGUGCACGAGAUAUUGACGCGAGUGAACAAUAUGGACUCUAAUAAUAGUGUUAUACUCUCGGGGGUGUUGAAGAGUUCGAACAAGUCGAGCUUGCUGUCCGCGCCGGCGCCAAAGCUGACUAGCAAGCCCUACUGUCCGCGCAGCAACGACCCCAGACUGAAUCCUCCGCCUGUUGAAAAACCUAAACCAGUAAGAAGGAAGCUCUCUAUAACGGAGUACCGCAAGCGGCAGUGCGGCGUGCCGUCGGGCGAGGAGUCUGCCGCGACGGGGCCGGGGGGCGAGCCGCCCGCCGCGGGCGAGUGGUCGUCGGGCUCGUCGGCCGCCGACCUGUCGCCGCAGCGGCUCGACGCUGCCGCCGCCGCCGCCUUCGACGACCUCGAGCAGCGGCUGCACAGGGAGCUGCAGGCCAUGCCGAAAGGUGUGUUCGAUGCCCAACCCACUGCUACUGAGCGUCAACGCGAGAACGUUAGCACGCGGCUCCGACGGGAGUUCGGUUUUGCUCUCCCUGAGGACGAAGAAGCGAGACCGCCCACGGAGAACUCCGAUGGCGCGGCAGACGCGAAGGGCUGCGGCAGGUAGAGGCGUUGCUGCCUUAUAAAUAAGACAUAUUUUUGUAAAUCUCACGUCGCCGCCGGACCGUCGCUUGUAUUAUAUAAAUAUAAUUAAAAUUAAUAUAACUUUUUUAUGGAGUCGUGUUAGUGGCGCUAUCGCGCAAUUUGUAUAUUUCCGUUUCACUUCUGUUUUAAUUUUCACGGUUUUCUGCAAGUACAAAUUGUUUUUAUUUCCCUCUGUACAUAUUGUAUAUAGGAGAGUUAAGAUGAAAGGUGGGAAAGCCUACUCGGUACGUAUGUAUGUAUAAUGGUAAAGAUUUUUUAUAUAUGUACUAUGUUUAUGUAUCUGAUAUAUUAAAUUAUUAUCGAUCUAUCGAUAAUGCGUCUAGGGAAUGAAGGCUAGAGUUUUUGUACGCAUAUAAUGUUUAAGUAAAUUAUAGUUGUUUUUAUUAUUUGUUUUUACUUUUUCUAGCAUAUUAUAGGGGGUCUACAGACUCGUCCUAGUAUCUAGGUCUCUUGUUAGUGUUAGACGUUUCACACGUAUUUUAGUGAUGUUUCGAUUCGGAUCGCAUUAGCCAUUUUAGAGGUUAAAUCUGUGUUAUAAUUUAAGUGUAUAUGUGCGCUCGGCUGGAAUUAGAUUUGUGUGAUAUUUUAAGAUGAGAUUUAAUUGCAGUUGAGUGGUACGCGGAUACAGCAGUGUCGACUAUCACAACGCCGCAAAGGCAGCUGGAUUAUGAACACAGAGGUAUAAGAAUAGAGUGGGGAAGGCGGCUCUAAAAGUGUCCGUCUAGUAGAAAGAGAAAGAAGAUGAGAGACCGCUAGCUAUCUCUCUCUUUCUUGUGACGCAUGGUAUCCAAUGGCAUCACAUCGAAAUAGUAAGAUGCUUACGGUUCCCAAUGCGCAUGCGCGAUUAGAGAGAGAAAGCUAGCGUUUUCCCAUCUUCUUUCUCUUUCUAUUAGAAGGACAAUUCCGUAGUAGAGUAUAUAUAUCCCCUACUCUAUUCUUAUACCUCUAUGGUCCUAUAUCAUUGUACGGACAGCUCAAUUACUGAAGCCCGACGAAUGUUAGACUUUUAAAAUAUCCCUUAACGCCUAUGUCAGCAAAGCAAGAUGUUACAAAAUUUUAUUUGUGUGAAAUUAUUAUCAGUUUCUGUGGACGGCUUACUAAUUUUAUCAUUACAAUAAGCUUUUGUGACGAGGAAAUUUGACAAUAUUUGUCAUUAUAAC